UAUAUGAACACAUCAUAACCUUGUUAGCAGUUGUUUUUUUCAGUUUAUGACAAAACGUCCUUAGAGGAAACACAAGCGACUAAUCUCCGGACUUCCUGUUUAAAGCCUGGCUGUUGACUGGCGAAAGGGGAUGAAGUCCUUGGAAGAUAAUAAAUCUACCCAAUGAAACCGGAAUAGAGCUUCAGUCAAAAUGAGCUGGAUUCCCUUCAAGAUUGGACAACCAAAGAAGCAGAUUGUCUCUAAAACCGUUGAAAGAGACUUCGAGCGGGAAUAUGACAAGCUCCAAAAGCUGGAAGAUCAGACAAAAAAGCUUCACAAGGACAUGAAGAAAAGCACUGAGGCUGAUUUAGCCAUGUCCAAAGCAGCAGUGAAGAUCUCUGCAGACCUGCUGAGUAACCCACUGUGUGAUCAGGACCAGGCCUUCAUGGACUCCAUGACCGCUUUAGAUACCGCUAUGAGAAGGAUGGACUCCUUCAACCAGGAGAAGGUCAACCAGAUCCAGAAGACGGUUAUUGACCCGCUAAAAAAGUACAGUGGCGUCUUCCCCAGCCUCAACAUGGCAGUGAAGCGCCGGGAACAGGCUCUGCAGGACUACAAACGCUUGCAAUCCAAAGCGGAGAAGUAUGAAGAGAAAGACAAAACGGGGCCCGUUAUGGUCAAACUGCAUCAGGCCAGAGAGGAGCUCCGACCGGUCAGGGACGACUUCGAGGUCAAGAACAAGCAGCUGCUGGACGAGAUGCCCAAAUUCUACCACAGUCGCAUCGACUACUUCCAGCCCAGCUUCGAGGCUCUGAUCAGGGCGCAGGUGGUCUAUUACACCGAAAUGUACAAGAUCUUCAGCGAGUUAACAGACCAGAUCGACCAGGCAGGACUGACUGACGAGCAGAGGGAGAGGGAGACCGAGGCCAAGCUCAGCGAGUUGCGUGCUCUGUCCAUUGUCGCCGACGACUGAGGGAGGACGGCCGAAAAACCCGGGAAGGGUUUCUUUCAUGCCUCUCUGAAUGGAGUGCAGUCUUUUCAGGCUCCUUCGUGCAGUUCAAACGGACAGCAACAGCCUUAACCUGAUUAUCAGAUUGUUUCCUUGCGGCCUCAUCAUCACCCUCCCCAUUCCUCUUGCGCUACAAUCCCAUGUUUCAUCCUUUCUACAGACACUCUGGAACUCACAGCAGCUGAAAUGCUACAUUAAACUAAGCCAUUAGCCACGUGCAGCAUUACAAGCCAAUGCUUUUUUUUUUUUUUAUGUUUUUAAAGGAAUCAAUCUGUU